GUUUGGACUAGGGACCUGGAGCAGAGGAGUUGGCAUCCUGUACCACACUAGGCAAAGAUCCAGCUACCAGCUCUCCCUCCCUGAGGCAUUGUCCAUGACACCCCAGCUCCCAAGCAUGAGGACUCGAAGCUCCAUUCUUACCGUCCUGUGGUUCUUGGUGCUGGCUUCCUGCAGGGCGGCCCCCGGAACCUCAGUUUCCCCCAUCUCGGAGGCCUUGGAAACCAACGAGGUGUUGGAGUCCCCGGAGGUCAGGAUUACGCAGUGCCCCCGAGGCUCUCAGCCUUGGCACGUGUCACUCUUCAAAGACCUCUCCUUCCGCUGCGCUGGGGUCCUGGUGGACCGCAGCUGGGUAUUAACGGCAGCCCAUUGCGCAGAAAGCUGGCUUUGGGCCAAACUCGGGGAUUACCAUCUGCUGCUACCUGAUGGAGGUGAACAGCUCAAGAUCAGCUCCCUUAUGAUCCCCCACCCUAAGUACAGGGCCGGCUCUGGCCCUUCCCUGCCUACUCGAUCGGAUGAAAACGACCUCCUUCUGAUGAAACUUCGGCGCCCAGCUGUGCUGGGACCCCGGGUCCAGGUUUUGCCCCUGGCCAGGACCUGUGCUGCACCAGGAACCCACUGCCAGGCUGCAGGCUGGGGUACUACCAGCCAACCCCGAGUGAAAUACGCCAAGAGCUUGUCCUGUGCGGGGGUCACGGUCCUGUCUCCCAAAGAGUGUUCGGUUUUCUACCCCGGGGUGCUUACAAACAACAUGCUAUGUGCUGGCCUGGACAAUGGCCAGGACGCCUGUCAGAGUGACUCUGGAGGCCCCCUGGUCUGCAAUGGGACUCUCCAGGGCAUCCUAUCCUGGGGAGAUUACCCUUGUGGUUCAGCCCAUCGGCCAGCUGUCUACACUUGGAUCUGUAAAUACAUCCCCUGGAUUGAGAAGACCAUUCGGACCCACUGACAGCAUUGAACAUCCUACAAUCUUCCUAAUGCUCUCGUGACCCUCACAUCUCAUGUUCUUCCCACCCAAACCCCGAGGGUUUGGCCCUAUAGUUUUCUACCCACUGUAGGACUUAGCCCCAGCCUGCUUGAGGAUGCAGGCGUUCCUCAGCUUUUCAGGCUCACAGAUUUGAUCCUCCCAAAGAAUUAAGCAUCUAGGCCUCCUCUCUGGGCACCCAUGACCUUUUCUCUGGGACUCAAGGGAGUGGUUGCCUGGAUCUCAUGCUCUUGUAAGACUGGUCAUCCAAGCUCUCUCACUUCGAUUCAGUGAGAUGGCCAAAGAUACUAAUCUGUUUAAGAGAAUGAUCCUGAGCAUCCAUCUACCGGGGACUUCAGGGGCAGCCCCACCCCUUUUUGGAGUUUUGGGGCAGGCCCCUUACCUCCAACCAUUUCCUUUCUCCUCCCAUUUCCUCCUUCCUGGUCCUGCUCAAUUAACUAUUCCACCUUUUAGGGCAGAGCUCUGAAUCACUUGGAAGUCUAAAUUUGCCUAUCCUCCCCUUCAUCCCUGAAUACCCCUUACCUCCCUUGCUCUUAGGGUCUGUUGGAACACAGCCUGUGGGCCCUUGGAGACAUUUUUGAAACAAACAUCUUCCAAGACAUUUGGGGGAUUCUUAGAAAUUAGGGGAGGAGACCCAGAAAAGUCAGUAUUCCUACAAAUUCCUCAUAUUUGGAGCUUCAGUCUUCUAAUACAGUCUUGAGCUACUCUGAGAAUAUCUAA